GCCUUUUUACCUUAGUUGGCGAUCAAGACCAGGGACAAACGAUGGAAGACAAGCACGCCGAUCUUUAUAGGACUAUGCGCGGUUUAAAAAGUGAAGCGGAAUUUUAUCCUCCGAUUUUCGCCGUGGUGAUGCGACGGCCUGGGGCUGCCAGACUGUUGGAAUGCCACGCAUUCGCCUGCGAAUCCGAGGAAGAUGCAAUAGCAGCCGCGGCCACGUUAUAUCGCGCUCUUCUCGCCGAUCUGGACGCGAAUCGGCGACGACCUCGUCACGCGAAUGGAGUCGGCUGCAUCAGUCUAGCCUCCGUUGCUUCCAGCGUCCGAGAGCCCAGUCUCAGCAGUAGGAUCAGUUGCUUGUUGCCUCCGCCACCAAGACCGACUGCACCGCAUCCUGUAAGACCACCCAGAACCAAGAAGACUUCCAUAAGCUCCGUCACUGAGGAUGAAGGUAGAAAGCCUAAUUUACAGAAGGUACCACGUAGGAAGAAAAAAAUUCCGAUAUAAAAGCAGAGGACAUUCUUGAGGCGCGUGGAAGGAGACGAGACAACGUCAAGCUUGAGAAGAGUAAUCUGGGACCGAACAUUAUAUUAUCCCGAAACGAGGAGCUGCAAAA